AUGGCCGAAUCUGCAUUGACCCCGUUAGACUCAACCCCCAAUAAGAGCGACACAAUUGCACCCGCCAACGUCCAUCUCCCCCGCAUCUCAAUCCAGUUCUGCACACAGUGCCGGUGGAUGCUCCGCGCCGCAUACUUCGCCCAAGAACUUCUCUCAACAUUCAGCACAGACCUCGGCGAAGUCGCCCUCGUUCCGAAAACCGGCGGCGUGUUCACUGUGACGAUAUGGCAUGGUACCAUGAAUGAUGGGGAGAUCACGACGCAGGAGAGCAUUUUGUGGGAUCGGAAGCGGGAUGGGGGUUUUCCUGAAGUCAAAGCGCUCAAGUCACUUGUGCGAAAUGUUAUUGCUCCUGAUAGAGACUUGGGACACACGGAUCGGGCGUUAAAGAAGCAGCAGGGUGAGCAGAAGGAAGUGAAAGAGGAGGAAAAGAGUAAGGGUAAGGCGGAUUGUGAGGAUUGUCAGUAG